AGACUAGGCAUUUGAUAUGUAUAUUGAGCAUUUUAUGACUCAGUAUCAUAGGUAUUUAAAAGGCAGACUUGAGGAUACCUUCUAUCUUCCAUCUCUAUAUUCUGGGCGGAUUAUAUGAACUGGCUUCGGGUGACGACGCCGGGCCACACCGCAAGGAGGGAAGCGGGGAAAUGUUCCAAACCGACGCAUGCAUGUACAGCCUGUGCUGAUAAUUCUGAGAUAGUUACCUCUCCAACCUAACCUGAUAUACUUUCUUUUUCAGGGUCCCGCACCUUGAUUUACUCAAUAGCGUUAUCGAGAAAAUCGAGAAGUAUCAUGUCUUCCGGCAAGCAUAUCUCGGUCUCCAUCCAACCUCUUAACUACGCCGAUAUCUCCGCGUGCGCCCGCAUCACCUCAUCAGCUUUCUCCGUCGAUCCGCACACCAUUGUGAAACAGUUAGGCCGGAGGCCUUUCGAUAUGUACGACAUGUCCUAUUAUGGGUUUCUAGAUACCCUACAUAAGAAAACGUACAUCUACGUCAAAGCAGUGGACGACGAAACAGGCGAGAUCGUCGGGCAUGCCGCGUGGGCAUUUAGGGGCCUUGAUCCGGCGCUAGUUCCCUGGAGCGGACUCGAGGACACAAAGCCGGUAGAGGAGGAUAGAGGGCAACAGCAGAGGAGAAAUGACGGAUUGAAAACAGGGGAUGAGUCAAAGAGUAUAGAGGAAAGGAAAGAGAACUCUAUCGAUCGUCUCCAUGCCCUUGAAGACGCCGAUAUGAAAUACUGGGUUUCCAACGUAGUCCCCUCGGAUACGCCCUGCAUUUUCAUCGUCGGCGUUAUCGUGUCGCCUUCACAUCAAUCUCGAGGCGUAGGUAGCGCCCUGAUACAGCAUGGCAACUCCAUCGCUGAUAGUCUGGGGCUUUGCGUAUGGGUGCACUCGUCGCAUCAGGCGUACGAAGCAUAUAAGAAAUUCGGGUUCGAAGUCACGAGGGAACUAGAUAUAGACCUGGACGAGUAUGCGCCAAGGGGGCCAACUGAGGAAGAGCAUGUCAUGGAAGAGAAGGGAAGUGGGAAAUGGGGAAGGUAUGUCAUUAGGUAUAUGAGGAGGCUACCGAUGAAGUUGGGUCAGUCAGGUGGAUAGAUAUCUCUGGGAUGGGGAUGGGAAAAAAAAAUAGGAUAUCAUAUAACAUAUAACAUAUAAUUUAGAGUAUUUCCAACCCCAUGCCGAUUCCAAUGCUAUUAAACCCCGUAGCAGAUCUAAUUCUCUCCGCCGAUGAUAUAUACGUAUUACCUUAACGUGACAUUCCGGUUUCCUAUUAUACUAUCACCGACUGUUAGCAUGAGAAGCUACUAACGUACGACUAAUUAAGACUGAUCAAGUAGCUUAUCU